AUGAAAAUGAUAAAUCAUCCAAAUUUACCACAUAUUGGUGGUGUUUGUAGAACAAAUUUAAAUGUAUAUGUUAUUUAUGAUUAUUCAAUGCCAUAUACUUUAAAUAAAAUAUGGAAUAAAUCAUUAAGAAGUUAUCAAAUUUAUAAAAUUAUUAAUGGAAUGGUAUCAGCAUUACAUUAUCUUGAACAAAAAGGAAUUAUUCAUUAUCAUUUACAUUCAAAUAAUAUUCUUAUAAAUGAAAAUUGUGAUAAAGUAAUUAUUACCGAUGUAUUUCCAUUAAUGAAAUAUUGGUUUAUUAAUAAACAAAAAAAAAGUUAUUUAUUACCAUCAGAAAUGUUAGAAGAAUCAUAUAGAAUAAAAUGUAUUAAUGAAAAUAUUAAAUUUGUUGUUCAAUGUCUUUAUAGGUUUGUAACACAUUCAACUUCUCUUGAUAUUAAACAAAUUCCUCCUCAAAGUGUUUUUCGAUCUAUUCUUGAAUUAUGGAUACUUCCUGAAUAUGUAAUGACAACAAAAAAGAUGCUUAAUGAUUUACUUCUUCUUAAAACUUAUCUCUUACAAAAUCCAAAUCACUAUUCUUCUUUGUUAUUUGCAUCUAAUUGA